UACACAGUACUCUUCCAGCGCUCUCUUUUCGGUGCAGGUUUCCAUACGUUAGACCUCUGCGUGCCGUGAAAAGGUUGAAACUGCAUCGGUGGUGGUAUCCAUCUUUCGGACCAUGCACACCAGGUGCUACCGCAUCAUUCGAGUGUGUUGAUCUUUCGACGUCGUUCGUUGGAAAGUGAAAUUCCGCGAUCCCUUAGCAUACUCCAGAGGUGCUCAAAAUUGAACAAUUAUACCGCAUUACUCGGUUCGGGUCGGUCGAGAAGCUGAGGUGCGGUGGUAGGAGGAUAUUGAAUCAAAUAAAUAAACAAAAAGUUGAUUGACUGUGUGAAUUCCGUGGUUUUGGUGCGAAUCGAUCGUGGAUACUCGCAAACAACUCGCAUAGUAGUUGCGAUCAUCGGAUGGUGGAUAGGUACGAUAUCAUGUCGAAGGAGUGUAGUGCGCAUAAGUGAGGGUGACAUUUUUGCGACACAUACAACGACCAGCGAAAUAAUGCUCAAAGCGGUAACGACGCCCGCAGACGUCACAAAGUGCAAUCUGGAUUGGAAAUAGAUCGUACGAGGAUCACAUAAACAUAAAUAAUCACCCUCCUUGGAGAGAAACAUACACCCCCACCCCCUUGAAAAAACCAUCGCUAAGAUGAGCUUGAAAACGAGAGGAAUCGUGUUCGCCACUUUCUUCGGCAGUUGUCUGAUCGUGGGUUUGCUGGUGGCGGCUCUCACCACCGACAACUGGGUGCAGUCCAAUGCCAAACGCAACUCUACCGAAUCGCAAGGACGAAUUCAUUUUGGGCUGUUCGGUGGGCAGAAGCAUUUGAAUGUCGCGUACGGUUGGCGGGUACACGAGAUCAAUGUUUUAGAUGUACUCCGAGAUGAACCCGACGUGAUGAGCUACUGGUUAUGGUUCGGAACAACCAUCGGUACCGGAUUGGGUGCAUUGAGUGGAGCAGUAGGAGCUGUGGCAUCUGUCUUGAAGUCAUCUUCUGCAUCGAAGAAAACGGGAACGAUGCUAAUUCUAUUCGUCAGCAAUUUUCUGUCGGGAUUAUCUCAGCUGCUAUCGUUUGUUUGUUGGUUGAUACAGUUCUACCAAUACCUAACCCACAACGUGUUACUUGAAGAUGAUCGAAAAAACAACUGGAGCAGUCAAGGUUUGGCGUCACUUGGUACGAGUUUCUACUUCGUGGUGGCCGGAAUUCUAGUUGUUAUUAUAAACAUAAUCCUGCUCACGGUAGCCGUAAAAAUGGAAAGACGGGAACGCAACCGAGUGCUCGAACCGCUGACAGAUGAAAAAAAUCAGGGAGCUAUAAUGCUUUAUUGAAGCUAAGGAAAGCUGAGGUCGUCGGAAAAAUCAGCACUUCAGCUGAAGUUGUCCAGAUAGAUAUCGUUUUACUGCAACAUUACAUACUCCAGUUACUUAUUUUAACGCUAGAUUAGGUUAGGGCUGCGUGAAAGGCUAUCAUCGUCUUACCCAUUACGGUAUGCCAAAUAUUAUAAGAUUUAUUGAAAAAUAAUAUGAACUCAUUGUGGAAAUAACUCAAGUUAGCCAUACGUUGGAACUAAAGAAUAUCAUUUUUUUUAGAUUAGGUAUAAGGAAUAGGCCUAGGAACUUCAAACUGAAAUUUGAAAUGUGAACGUAAAAAUUUGUUCGAUGAAUAAAUUUUGCCAUUUACCAUCAAAAA